CAAAAGUUGAAAACAUCGCUAUGGAAAUCGACAUCUUAUAAGCACCCAGAAGAAAACUCUUCAUCCCAAAUUUAAUAAUUUUAAUUUUUUCAUUUAGAAAUCCAAAUGUUCUAUUAGUUAUAAGUUUAUAACUAAUCAAAUAAAACUGCUCUCACAAUUUCUUGGAAAACACAGGCACAGAACUUUAACAAAAGCAGUUAUAACACAAAAAACAAAUCAAUUUGAUUUGUUAGGAUAAAAGAAAAUUGAUUUUAAUGUUUGUGCAGUUUGACUAGGAUUAAUGCACAAAAAUGCAACUAAAAAUUACUGCUUGAAAGCUGUCCCAGGCUCCCAGCAUUUGCAUUCCAAGUAAUCAUACUACUAACACAACAAAAUCGUCAAGAAGAAAAUUUAGGUCGUUGUUAUAUUUUAGUAAUGAUGAUUUUUUUUUUCCUUUUUUUUUCGAUGGUGUUGAUUUAGCGGUGGAUAGAGAAAGCCCAUCGUCGCUCAUCCCAUAAGAUUAGAUUCUUGAAAUACACGAUUUUCCUAUUCUUUUUUCAUAAUUCUUCUUUUGUACUUUCUUUGGGUAUUGAUUUUUUCUUUAAAGGGUCGGGGUUGGAAUUAAAAGGUGGUGCAUUUAGGGUUUCUUGUUUUCUGUCCUCUUUAUGAAUAUAUAUGCUUGUUUUUGUUGCAAAGUUGCGAUCUUUGUUGAUUUCUUCAUCUGGGUUGUUGGAGUUGCUCAAUCUCUUCAUCUGGGUCGAUCGGGCAAUAACGUCUGAAUUCUAGACCCUUUUUUCUUUGUUCUGGAGAAGAAGUUUUGAACUUGUGUUAGAAUUGGAGUGAAGAACCCCAUGGUAGAGAAGUGGAAUUUUUAAGAAUUUUUUCCCCUCACUGUAUUUUGUAUCUUAAGUAAGAGCGGGUGAAUUUGGAAAUGUUCCAUACUCAAGGAGCUUUUAAGAACACUUGCCAUCUCCUUGCUGUUUUAAGUUCGAGAAGUGCCGAGAAUAAGCCGAAUCAAAAUGUUUCAGAGGAGAAGAGAAAGUUUCCUUUUCCAGAAAUCGUGUCUUCCGGGCGUCUAGAGGUCCAAACACUGAAAAACCCGAGUAUAGAAGAAUUCCGGAAAGUUCUAGAUUUGUGGCAGCCAAAUCUUGUGUACUUGCAAGGGAAGCAUUUGCCAAAUGAUGAAGUUGGGUCAAUCGUCUGGGAAGGGCUCGAUUUGUCAUCUCCCCAAGCUCUAUCGGGUCUUUUUAGCUCCACUUUGCCAACUACUGUUUAUUUGGAAGUACCGAAUGGUGAAAGGUUUGCCAAGUCUCUUCAAUCCAAGGGAAUUCCUUAUGUAGUGUAUUGGAAGAACUCAUUUUCAUGCUAUGAGGCCAGCCAUUUUCGUCAUGCAUUGUUUUCUGUAAUACAAAGCUCGUCUUGUCAUACUUGGGAUGCUUUUCAACUUGCCGAGGCUUCUUUUAGGCUUCACUGUCUUCGAAAUAAUAUUGAUGAUGACCAAAAAGUAAAUGACUAUUUUGGCCCUAAUAUACUUGGGGAGUCCCCAACAAUCACUGUUGAUGUUCCUGAGAUGGAGGAGCCUGUGGAUGAUGAAGAAAGCUCGUCUGGUUCACUUCCUGCAAUAAAGAUAUAUGAUGACGAUGUGAAUAUGAGGUUUCUUGUUUGUGGAGUGGCAAGUUCUUUGGAUGCUGGCUUGUUGAGCUCUUUGGAAGACGGUCUAAAUGCCCUUCUCAGUGUUGAAAUGCGGGGGAGCAAACUUCAUAACCGGGUGAGCGCUCUUCCUCCGCCCCUUCAAGCUGCCACAUUUUCUCGUGGGGUUGUAACCAUGCGGUGUGAUUUGUCAACCAGUAGCUCAGCUCACAUUUCCCUUUUGGUUUCAGGAAGUGCUCAGACGUGUUUCGAUGAUCAGCUAUUGGAAAAUCAUAUAAAGAGCGAAAUAAUUGACAAAACACAGCUGGUUCAUGCACCGAUAAACUCUGAAGAGUAUAAACAGCCCGUCUCUGAACCACGAAGAUCAAUCUCAGUAGCUUGUGGAGCAGCAGUUUUCGAAGUCAGUAUGAAGGUUCCCGCGUGGGCUUCACAGGUCCUGAGGCAACUAGCACCUGAUGCAUCGUACCGUAAUUUAGUCGCACUUGGCAUCUCCAGUGUUCAGGGCUUAGCUGUAGCCUCGUUUGACAAACAAGACGCUGAUCGGCUCCUCUAUUUCUACACAAAACAGCUGAAACACAGCAAUUCGAACAACCUAAUAGUCACUGCCCCUCCAUCUUGGCUAAAACCACCUCCUCCAAGUCGAAAAAGACCCUCGAUUUCCCAAAACACCAUUCAAACCGGCAUCAAACAAGAAAACAAUAACGAGACUAAGGAAAUCGGGUCGAAUGGGCUUAGUGGGCCCAUCUCCCCCGGUAUGCAAAAGUUUAAAAUAGCUGCCCUAAGGCCCAUUCCACACGUCCGGCACCAAAAGAUGCUUCCUUUUUCAAGACUUGUGGAUAUGGAUUUGAACGAUGGUAUUCAGAUGAAAUCCAACUUGCCUAGUGUUCCGGUAAAACACAGUAGUGUUGGAGGAAAUCCAGUGUCCAAUCGAAAAUCAGCUUCGAGUUCAUAUCAGGCAAAGCAGGUCAUAUCAUUGAAUCCACUUCCUUUAAAGAAGCACGGUUGUGAAAGGAGCUCUUUGCAUGUUUGCUCUGAGGAAGAAUUUCUGAAGGAUGUAAUGCAAUUUCUCAUACUCCGAGGGCAUAAUCGUCUCAUUCCCCAAGGUGGGCUUGCCGAGUUCCCAGAUGCCAUUCUCAAUGCAAAGCGUCUUGAUCUCUUUAAUUUGUACCGUGAGGUGGUCACGAGAGGAGGUUUUCAUGUCGGCAAUGGCAUCAAUUGGAAAGGGCAGGUUUUCUCAAAGAUGCGCAAUCACACAGUGACUAAUAGAAUGACCGAUUAUGCCAAGACGGACGGGCUGGAAUACAUAUGCCCACAGUGCAGUGUUUCGAACUAUAAGAAAAGGAUCAACAAAUCAGGGAAUGGAUAUUCUUGA